GUAUUGACUGCCAGUGGAUGAACGCACUGAAAAUGCACCGUGUGACCAGCAGCCCUUCUCUCCAACAUUCCCGUCCCCACAGCCCCAACAACUUAACCCAUUUCUUACCCUACCUUCACAAUCAAGACACUUAUGCUGCUGCUGUGAGGCGGACUUCAGUGCCCACUACCUAUCAUAUUACCCCGCUCAUUCAGUCAAGGAGCUCAUCGCCAACAACCUAUUUAUCAUCUUUACAUCUGAAUUCCAAGGGAAGCAGCAGUUCCAGUGCAACGUCAACUUCGGAUAGUCCACCGGAAAGGGGCAGUGGCUCCAAAACCAGAAACAGAAAUAACUAUCAUAGCAGCGUCUCUCCUGGAGGGGUGGCAGCUGGAAAGCGUUUUGUAAGAAACCCAACUGCUCCAGGGACACUGAGAAAUGCUGGGAAAUAUUCUAGAUCUUCCCAGUCAACCUUCAAUCAAUAUCAACAUCUGCCAAGGACGCAUGAGAGAAAACACCCUCAUUACCCACAGCAGCAUAAAUCAAUACCAGGGAUGCCCGUGAAAACUGAAACAGAAGAAGAAGAGGAAGAAAGCAAAGUCAGCGAAGGCGGGUGGGUGAAAGUCAAUUAUUCAAAGAAAUCUAACCGACACACUGUUGGCAAACCAAACAAAGAGAAACCGAAAGGCCCUGAAAUACUUCAAAGAAAAUCCCGUUGAUGCUUUUUUCAGAAAUAGGUUUUUAUUUUUUAUUGCACAGAGCACUGACUUUCCACGGAGAAGGUUUGAAAUUGUUCUUGAAAUAACUGACAAACGAAUGUGAGAAUGGGGAGCCUGCCGUAGAAAUCCCCUGGGAAGAAGGACAUUAGCGCAGCCUUGGGUUCUGUUGGAGGCUUUUUUAGCACAUUAUAAGCCUGAUGUAGUCUUCUCCUGGAAUCAAAGCACAAGAUGUUAAUUCUCCCUUUCCUAUGAAACAACACUGCCAAAGCAUCUGACAACAGCUGGAUAGCAUUCUUGUGCCUGGAAUAAGUUAUCUUAGGGACCAAGAAGGACUAAGGACCCUGCCUACACCUCUGGCGUCUGAGACUCCACCAAAAUGGUAGAGUUAAUCAGGUGCAAAAGGUUCUGUUUUUUUUUUUUUUAGUGUGUCUACUUUUAAUCAGGUACAUUUUACUUAAGUCUAGUAUUUCCAUUAGCAUGAUAUUCUAGUUCACCGUUCUUUGUUAUUUCCGAUACUCUGAUCCAGUAUUGAUACAAGGACAAAAAAAAGUGCUUAAACCUAUGAACGGAAAAAGAAAUGACUGCAAAAGUUAUCCUUUCCAUAUUUUGAGUGCUUGAGGUUGUCUAAUGAAUUAUUUUCUCCUUGGCUUGAUUUUGUAGCAGCACCUUCAAGGUACUAUAUCAAUCCUCCAUUUAUCAAUAAGCUCCAAUCUACUGCCAUUGGAAUUAUUCCUAUGGUUUAAGGAAAAGUGUAACAGCUUCUACAAAGAAGCAAAAUAAUAUAAGAAAAAAGGCCAAAUUAUUUUUGGUACAACUAUUUAUUAACCUAAGGUAAAACUCUUAUUCAUGGUAUUUAACAAUAGUCUGUGUGUUGUCUUUAGGUAAUAAAAAGAAACAUAAUACUUAUAUGUAUGCAGUAUUUUGCACUUCCAAUGAAAUUGAAUAUUUGUUGGGCAUACCUGCAAGAAAGCAAAUUCCAGGAGGUUUUACUUGAAAUAAAGAAUUAGGUGGUAUAAAAUUAAUUAAUUUCUCCAAUUACAAUUUUCAAAAAAAAAAGACAUUACAUUAGAUUCUAGUUAGAUAAAUGAAACCUAACUCCUAACUUAACUUUUUGAAUUAUAAGGAAAGGAAAAGGUUUUAAAAAGUGUUGUUUACAGUAAUUUGAUACUUAGCUGAGGAAAUAAGGAAUAAAUGUAUCUUAUUUAACAUACCUUGUCCAUUUUUUCAUGUGGUAACAGAUUUUUAAAGAUAGCAAAGUAAACCAUUUCAUCCAGCUGUAAAACUAGAGGUCUUUUCUCCAUUCAAGGAGCUAUUUCUUUGAUUGGCUCAGUUCUCCUAUUUCUAGGAAGAAGAGUGGUUUCCUAGGGGUAGUGCAGGUGCUUCCUAUUUGUUCAGCAAAUUAUUGGGGGUGAGCUUUAUGGAUGUAUUUAUUUAUUUACUAGAUGUAUAUGGCCGUUCCCUCUCACAUAGGCAACGCUAGGCAGCUAACACGAUAAAAAUGUCAAUACAAUAAGGAUAAAUAAAUUACACGAAGCAAAAGAAGAAUGUCCAUCAAGUGCAAAGCAGUCAAUAACAAAGAGAUUCAGCUGACAGGCUCAACCCCCUCCCAACCCCCACACUUGAGAGAAAAACUGUAUUUUAAGGGUUUUAUGAAAGGCUAGUCGGGUUGGGGACAAUUUAAUCAACACUAUAUAAAAGCUCUCCUGGUUAUGGCUGCCACUUGUUCCUUAAACAGGAGCUGUGAGAUCAGGGAGACCCCAAAACUGUGCACUGAUUUUGACAGUAGUGCAACUCCAUCUAGGACUAAAGAAGGAAAAAUCACCGGGUCCAGCAGGCCCUAAAAACAGAAUGGAUAGAUUUGAAAUCUGUUCUUCCCCAUCCGGUUGUCCAAAGCCUCCAGUUACCAAGACAGAAUCUUCACAGCAUUACUUGGGCAGCCUAAGACCAAAGAUAUACAAAUAGGUAUCACUAGCCUUCUGACGUUACUUCACCCCAUAUGUCUGAAUGACCUCAUCUAGAAUCUUUAGGUAAAUGUUAAAGAAAUGUGGGGAGAAAGUCAAGCCCUGAAGAACCCUGCAAAAAGGGUCAUGGACUUGACAUCUCCCCAACCCAUUAAUACUCACUGGAAUUUAUUCUAGAGGAAGGGAGUAGAACCUACAAGACCAUGUCCCCUGAAGGAUAGCAUGACUAAUAGUAUUGAGAGCUGUAGAGAGAACAAGGAGAGUCAGGAUGGCUACACUAACCCCACUUAUUAUUUAUCACAUUUCUACUCUGCUCAUCUUAGCCCUUGCAAGUUCUGUUUAUUGUCUUUAAAUUCAUGAAGCUCUGAACUCACGAAAAAGCAGAUUAAGGGUUGAAAGAAAAAAGAGAGAAAGAAAAAAUUAUAAAUAAUUGAAAUAUAGCUGAGAGAUGUUGUUCUUAUGUGUUGGGGCAACUACCAUCAGAAUUUAUAAACUUGCUAAGGUUGAUUAUCAAAAUGUCCAAACUAAUUCCAGGCCUCCAGGCCACAAAGAAUACAUUACACUCCCUGUGGGAUUAAGCUCACAUUCCUGUUCUUCAGCUUUACUACACUCACUACUUCAAGUCCAGCAAUAUGGUGGUGCUUGGCUCAAGCAGUUGGCCAUCACAAAGAUAUAUAUAUCCCUCUCAAAGCUCCAGUAGGUGUAUUUGUGUCAAGGGAUGAGAAUAAGGUAAGAUUUUGGCAACCCUCAUUUGCAGCCUUCUCCUCUACCCAACAUCUAGGCUGCAAUCAAUGCUAAAAGAAAGAUGAACAGUGAAACUAAUGUAUGCUGUGGUGGGUUAAGUGGGCGGAUGUUUGCAGCAUCUUAAUUAGUGAACAGGCAUGCGUUACUUGGCUGCUUUCACUCAGGAAUCUAAAUAUGGAUAAAGGGGCAGAAAGAACAUGUCUAAUUUAGCAGAAAUGUGAAAUCCCUCCAUCGCUGCAUUGCCAAAAUGAUCAGCACUGCCCCAGGCUGGCUGUUACCUUGAGCACUGCAACAUUCUAUAACCAAAGUUCAAGCAAGUUUGAUUUCAUACCAAACAUAAAUGGUUGUGGUUUCAUUUAAUCUACAGCAAAAAUAUUAGAAUUCCUGAUUCCUGUAAUCCACCUUUGAUGGUUUAGUGUGAGAGCAUUGUUUGCAUUUUUGUAUUUUAAGAAAACCCUCCCUAUUUCAUUAUUUUUGUUCUUUUCUUUUACUGUUAUAGCCUAAAAUAGCAGCCUCUUACUGCUUGGGAAUUAAUGCCUUAUAGCUCGGUCAAGCUAAUUUAUAUGCAGACUAUUAUGUCAAUAAAUCCACAUUCUUCUUCCCUGCAAGAGAAUGGUUGCGUGAAUUUUCAUCUCCAGCAACUUCCUCCAAUGUACUUGACCAUAUUUGGUGAUCAGGUAGCCUGCUUGGGGAAGAGAUCAAAACCUCCAACCAAUGACCAUUAUCUGGCAACUUGCUGUGCUGAUUUAAUGAGGUGAAGUUGCUCAGAAAGACUUUGUUCUUCCAUUUCCUCCUGUGAGAAAUCACUCAAAACAAUGACCUGUACAGGUUGCUCUUCUUGGAAGAAUUAUUCCUUCUAACCCCACAGAAACUGCAGAGAAUGAAAUUACGUCUCCUCAUCU